AUGUUCGAACUCCAGCAGCGGUUUGAGAUGGUCAACCAAGUCUCAACCUUUCAUGCUGCCAUCCGGUUCAUUCCCUUCACGGUGGCAGCAUCGGUCGGGUCAAUUCUGGCCUCAACUGUGGCAAAGAUGCUCAAGGUACCCCUGCUGUAUCUGCUUGGCAUCGGCUCAUCGAUGCAAGUGGUAUCCUACGUUCUCCUGGGAACGGUGUCCGGGCAAGAUGACAUCUCAGCCCGUCAGUACGGCUACCAAGUCCUUGCUGGGCUUGCAUGCGGGAUCAACAUACCGCUGUUGACAUUGAUGACGCGAUAUGCUACGGAAAGAAAAGCCCAUGAUGUGACGGAGGCGGCACAAAAACCAACUGGAGUCAUCGCGACCCUGCCCGCGGGGACACAGGAUCUGAUUCGCGGCACUUAUGCUGCUAGCCAUGACUUGCAGAUGAAGGUGCUGGCGGGGCUUGCGGGCGGGCAGGUCCUGGCCACUAUGGCUAUGUGGCAGCCAAGCCCUAGUAUAAUAUACUAG